AACUCCCAGUCACCAACGCCAUCUUCAGUGACCGGGAAGAAAUCUCGUGUCAAUGUAAACAUUCCGAAGAGGUGCAAUAAAAACCGUGGAAAUCCCCCAAAAAUGCGCCCCUUUGUCCUGAUCCGUGAGAUGAGGAAGCAAGAUGAGAUUGCCUGUGAGGAAUUGGUGAAGAAUUACAUUCUCUCAGGAGCCAAACAAGCCUUCAUUGAGACAAUCUUCAAAGAAAUUACACUCCAACUGAUAGUGCUGUGUUGGGCUAUUGCUUUCAUCUUCUUCGGUAUUCCUCCUCUAUACUGCCUCUUGACCGUUCCGGGAGUCAUAACAGCAAUUUUUCUUCUGGUUUAUGGAUCAUUCUUCAAUCGAGCCAUGGAAAUUUCCAAUAUGAAACCCAAUCGCUGCUGGCUAGCUGAGCUUCACUACAACAGCAUAACAGAACCUCAUGACUUUGAGAUCUUCUUCAAUGAUCCUCCCGAUGAGCAACAGGUGGCUCGUCGAAAGAUAAUCUCCACUGUAAGCUUGAAGAAUCACAGGAAUCUCCAUAAUUCAGCCUGGCUCUUCCGUUUUGGCUUUUCCCAAAAAGAUCAAAUUCCACGUCUGGCUGAAGCUCUUAUUGCACAUACUUUGGAUUUCUGCAAGGAAAAUCGCUUUUCUACCCUGGAAGCCGUCACGAGAGAAUGUGAUGAUGAUCUCAGAGAUGUCUACACCAAAGUGGGAUUCACAAUGAAGCAGAUCUAUCAUAAACAAAUCAUCGGAAAUAGCUUGAGAAUCAUGAAGGCACAAUUUGGAAUGGAUCUCGAAAAGUGGAAUGGCUAUGGAAAUUAUUCCACAGACUGAUAUUGCAAUCAAUAUAUUUAUUCCAGAAAUAUAUUCCAGAGAAUCUCAUGACAAUUUUA